CGCCCGCUCCCGGAACGGAAGGGGGCGACGGGCGGUCGGUAUGGGGCAAUCCCGGCGUCGUCAUACGCCGUCGCCGCUGCUUUCGAUCUGCGUUCAUCACACAACCACGCUGUCGCGGUUGGGCGACCAGGCAUGCUUGCCACUGCCUCGUCGUGAGCGGCCCACCAGCUGACCUCUAGGGGCCCGAUCGAGACGUGGAGCCGUAAGAUGAAAUGACAAGUCGGACACUAUGGACAGCGAUGCGUCCCAGCGCUCCUUUACCAGCCGUUGGGCUUCUCCUGACGGCGUCGCUCCUUUCCGUCCUGACGCCGUGUGCCUGGUGCUGCCUGCCUGGACUGCAAGAUUACGACGUUUGCUUCAACAUCUUCCUGGAGCGCGACUUUCCCCUGGUGGAGGCCUUCCUACUCAACAGGGCGUUCGGAUCUCGAGGCAGGGUGCUCGUGGAGCCCGGGGACCUGGCCACCAUGUGCGAUGGCUUCGGCGAGCUGCUGGAGUGCUACGCCUUCCACUACCUGAACUGCGCCGACUUGGGCGGGGUGCGGCGCGAAUACUUCGAGCGGCUCAUCAAGGCCAUGGUCUCCUCUUUCCAGCUGCUCUGCGCCACCGACCGAACCAUGCUGCAGAAUCUCUUCUACGACGGCCACUGCAUCGGCUCCGUGUCUGACGGGGCGGGCGACUGCCGGACGGCCAACUUCGACCUCGCGACGGCGUGGAAGCGGAUCUUCCGUUUCCGGGCCACGCAGCGGGACUGCAGUGACCUGGUGCGCCACACGCGUUGCCUGGUGAGAGCGCUGAGCUCUUCCCCCUGCCGGCCCGAGGCCACCACCGCCUACAACACGACGGCCAUCGACUUCCUCUUCGUCUUCUGCCAGCAGGACUUCUCGACCAGGAGCGUCGCCUCGUCGAGCCGGCUAUGCUCUCCGUCGGUUCUGAACGCCAUUGCAGUGCUAGUCAGCAUUCUCGCCGUGUACAGACUCCGGCGCUAGAAGUGCCCCACAUGUGCACAUUGAACUCAGCGGUGUUGUGCACCACGCUCGUUAUCUUGUUUUAUUCUGAUUUUGUUUUCUUAUUUUGCAUAGAAAAAAAAGGAAGUUUAAGUCAUUCAUUCAUGCACACUUUUAUUUGUCAAAGCACAACUCGAAGACCGGCAGUGUCCUGUGGCGUUCGCAGAUCGUUUAUUGUAGAGAAAUGCAGAAGAAAUUGUUUCUUCACUAAAUGAUGGCCUCUAUACUUGAAACAAGGAGAGAGGGGACUCAUAAUAAAUGAACUUCAAAGUACAAAAC